AUGGAGCAGAAUCCAAAGACUGUAAGAAUGUGGAUGAUCACCUGUGUUUUGUUCACUUUGGUUCUAGCAAUAGAAAUUGACACAGAUUUUAAGAUGUGUGGAACAUGGUGCCAUGGCAAUAUAUCCCUAAAUCUGAAGUAUGAUUUGAAAACAGGCUGUAAUGAACUUGAGAUUUCAGCCAAUGAGAGUACGCUCUCUAUUCAGGGCAGUAUCACAGCCAAGUGCACACAAUCUUCAUCCAUCUCUCUAAAAUCCAACCCUGUUAAAAAUCAAAGUAAUUUCUGUAUGUUCUGGAAGCCGCUACUGGACCUGCUGAUAGUGGAGGUGAAUGGAAAGAAUCACACCCUGUGUGAAUCACAUGGACUUCAAGAAAACUGUUGCACUGACCUCUCACAAAACAAACAAGAACCUGCUGCUCUGUAUGGUAUUGUGAAUGGCAGCAUCCACGGCGAUAUCAUCAGUUAUGAGGUCAUGAAAAAAUCUAGUUUUCUGGGAGAUUCGUUCAACUGCAAGAAGAAAUUAUGUGAUGAGGCAAUUCUGACGUCCAGUGGAGCAAACAUGAUAGAGGAAGUAGUGAUGAAAUCCAAUAAAAUGGAUCAGCAGGAUCUACCUUGCGCUCAGAGCACAAUCAUUGAGAUGAAAGAGAAUUUUACAGGACUCAGUCUCACUCUGCCAGCCUCUAAAGGUAAAGCAUCAAACAAGAUACCCUCCGUCUAUCUUCCAUCCUGUCUGAAAUCCAAAUCAAGGAGCACAUCCAAAGUGGUGUGUACUUACUUCAAAGACAAAGCAUUAUUUAAGGGAGCAUUUAAUUCAGCUAUUCUGGAUGACAUAGUUGGACUCUCUGUGGAGAAUGAGAUCAUCAAAGACCUCCCAGAACCUGUCAAAAUCAGGUUUCAUCACUCUGCUCUCCCAGUUAACUAUUCUAGAAGAUGUGUUUCAUGGGACACAAGACGAGAUAAUCAAGAGAACUGGAGAUACGACGGCUGUGAGACUGUUAAAAUCCACGACACAGUGACAGAAUGUUGCUGUAAUCACCUCACAUACUUCGCUAUUCUUGUACAAGUGGAACAGAAGGCAACAGUUCCCCAUCUACAGGAUCUGACGUUCAUUACCGCUGCGGGUUGUGCCAUGUCCUUAGUUAGCUGCUUGAUUCUCUUCUAUUGGCUUGGUAAACGAAGUGGAGAGAAAGAUAAGUCCAUACUGGUGCAUCGUGGUCUGGUGGUGGCAACAUUUUUUUUUUACCUGUGCUUCUGCCUUACCAGUAUACUUGCAAAAACUGGAAAUGAAAUCAUUUGUAAGAUAACAGGAACAUUUUUGUACUAUUCUCUGCUCAGCACCCUCUGCUGGAUGACUGUGGAAAUGUUUCACACAUUCUUUUUAAUCUACUGUGUAUCAAGCUCAACUCUUCCUCCAUGGGUCUUUUACUUGGCAGGCUUUGGUGUCCCAGCUAUAUUAGUUUGUAGAUUGCUUACUAUAGGUGAUAUUUAUGGCUUAAAGAAGAUGGUGCCAAGUGAGGAUGUUUCCAUCCUAUAUUUUAUGUGCUGGAUGUUGGAUUCUGACAAGAGCAGAUUGGCUCAUUUCAUCAUUAUUAUUGGCUUACUAGCAGUUGUGGUGAGCUCUGGUGCAGUCAUGCUUUUUUUUGUGGCUACAAAGAUAAAUAACCAGCCUGUGUGGAGGACAAACCGCAUGGCUUGUUUUAGUAUCUGGGGUCUCACUUGUCUGUUUAGCAUAACGUGGGGUCUGGGUCUCUGCAGUUUUUUCCCUUACUCUGAGGCCAUCCUCUUCAUCUUCUGCAUUGUGAAUUCCUGUUAUGGAUUUUUUUAUAUGCUGCGAUACUAUGCUCUUGAACGGAUGAAAAAGAAAUGUGAACGGAGUUCGGAUGGGGGCAGUAAAGAAUCUGUUAUGUUACAGUGCAGAGAUGGUGAAGGAUUGUUGUAUAAGUGAGUGUCUUUUAUUAAAAGGGAAUUUAUUAUUAACGUAAAUGACAUUUUGUUUCAGAAUCAAACUUAAAUGCUUCACAUGUUAUAUGCCUCAUUUCUUUAUUCUUAUUCUUCAUAUGAAUGAAAUAGUUUGACAUUAUUAAGCAAGCCUUGUCUUUCACCAAUAUUUUUGUGUAAAUCUGCUAGAUGCAAUCCUUAAGUUUAUAUAUAUUUGGAGACACAGUGUCUUUGAAAUUUACAGUAAUGAAAUAAAGUAAACAAAUAAUUAUAUCAUUAAAAAAAAGUAUAUUUGCUGAGC